UUCCGUGCUGCCCAAGAGUAAACAAACGAAGAAGACGAUGCUCCUCUAUCUCGCAACAUUCAGCGGCUGGGAUGUUCCAUUGGUGGUGAAUUAACUGUUGCUAACCUGCUGCCGAGUCACGUAAAAGCACCGAGUCGCAUUUUUAUGCACGAUCCAAGCCUUGGGGAAUCGCAGCAAACACGGCGGCCAUGGAAACUGGCGACGGGCAUCAACAUCCGGCCGCCAAUGAAGUGCAAGUUGCGGAAAGAGCCGGUGAAGCAGCAGUAGAUGUGGGAGAUCCAGGAUCUCUCCCUCUUGCUUCUCCUCGUGGAAGUAGUGAAGAGGCCAAGAGGAAUAAGUCUCCAAACCAAAUGGAAAAGCCCACGUUCAGACAUCAAGAUGCUGCCAUGCAGCUGGUCCCGUGCCGUUGGGAACCUUUAAAUCUUGACUCAUCCCUUCCAGAAGCGGAGACCGGGACCUCCAGGCCAUCAAGUAGUGACAAAACAGAGGAAGAACGUCCGGUUGAAGGAAACGGCGAAGAUGAGGACAUGGACGCAACCCCCGCACAGGUUUCAGACUCUGAGGAUGAGGAUGAGGAUGAGGAUGAGGAGGUGGAGGGGGAGGGGGAGGAGGAGGAGGGACCCGGGACAUAUUUCACGGGGACGGACAGCAAUCUGGAUGAGAUGAUGGACAUCGGUACUGUGGAUCAGCAGGAACAGGAAGCUCAGAUGAAGAAAGAUGAUGAAGACGUGAAGGACAAGCAUGGUAGCAGCUCAGAAGGUCACGCAGUCUUGGUGGGAGAGGAUGCAGUCCCCGAGGUGGAUGCUGAUGUAGAAGCCACGACAGCCGCAGCAGAAGACGAGGAGUCCACGGAUGAGAAAGUGCCUUUGGACGCCUCGCCUCUGUCCCACGCCACAGCCGGCACGGCAGGUGGCGACAUGACCAACGGGAUGAAAGUGGUCCAACUUUCUGUCCCGGAGACGAGCGCUUUGCCUCCUUCGCCGCCUGUGAAGAUCAAGGACGAGCCCGUGGACGAGGAGUACAAUCAGGCGCUGCUUUGCACCCCCACCACCGUGAAGGACGAGCCCAGCACGGCCAAGGACGACUUGCAGAUCGGCUUGGUGUACUCGGUGACCCCGCCUGCCAACGCCCCCCAACAGCGAGCCGACUCUUCGUCUGCGUCGUUGCACAUGACCUGCGCGCACUGCAAGAUGGCGCUGGCGAAAGGGCAGACGGCCUACCAGAGGAAAGGCUCGCCGAUGCUCUUCUGCUCCACCGGCUGCCUCACCGCCUCGCUCAGCUCGUCCAAGAGCGUCAAGACCUGCCACCACUGCCAAAAGAGGAUCUCCCGGCCUCAGGACAUCAUCCUGGCACCCGACACGGACGGCAUCAUGAAGGGCUUCUGCUGCCAGACGUGUCUGACCGCCUUCAGCCGCAGGAGAAGCACAAGGAGCGCCAAAGCCAAACUCUCACCACCCGUGGGUCUGCAGGGUCAGAUGGCGUGCAGCAUGUGCGCCAAAUUCAGCAUUAGCAAACACGAGGUGGUCCUGAGCGGCACGGUCCACAGGAUGUGCAGCGACUCGUGCUUCAAGCGCUUCCGCACCACCAACCACCUGACCAUGGCGGGCUGUGCCAACUGCGGCUCCUUCUGCCACGUGCGCCCGCUGCUGCUGAGGAUGGAGGGCAGCAGCAAGACGCUGUGCAACAUGGACUGUCUGACAAAGUAUAAAAACAAAACCAAAAUGAGUCUGCCGUGCUCCAUGUGUCGCUCUCCACGGCCGAUAGCAGACAUGGUCCACAACAAAGGCACCGAUGACUCUGUCAGUCUCUUCUGUAGCAGCAGCUGCGUCAUGGCCUUCAUGGUCCAGAGCGUCAGCUCCUCAGGUGCACACAUGAACUGUGACAACUGUGGCAAGCACACGGUGCCGGCGUACCACCUGGCCAUGUCCGAUACCACCAUCAGGAACUUCUGCACGCUGUCCUGUGUCAUGUCCUUCCAGGAGAAGUUCAAGGUGAAACAGAAGCAAGCCAGCGUCUUUCCAAAGCUGUCUGUGGCGUCCAGCCAGGACCAGAGCGCCACGCUUCACCCGCUGAAGCUAACCACGUCAGCAACGCUGAACUGCGCUCACUGUGCUCGCAAGAUGUCUUCUAAGCCUGAAGUCAUCCAGAUCAAGAACAAGCUGGUGUUUGUGUGUGACGUGAGCUGCGCCGAGCAGUUCAAGACAGCCAAAAAUGUGACCAGCCGGUGUGGCUACUGCAAGAUGGACAAGAUCUGCAAGGAGGUCAAGAGAGUCAACUCCAAAAACCACUUCUUCUGCAGCAACGGCUGCAAGCUGCUGUACGAGCACGAGCUGGAAAAAAGCUGGGGCAAGCACUGCACGUCGUGCGGCUACUGCCGGCGCGUCUCCAAGAAGCUGGUGACGGAGCUGUACGGCGGCUCCACGGAGGAGUUCUGCUCGGAGGACUGCAGGUCCAAGUACACCAUGCUCUUCUGCCACGUCGCCAAGUGCACCUCGUGUGGCCAGAAAGGCAAACUGAAGCAAAGUCUGGUCAUGCUGGGAGACGUCAUGAACUUCUGCGACCUGCCUUGUUUGUUCCAGUUCUGCAACCUCCAAGUCAAAACGCAGGGCGACAUCUUCCCGCCAGACUCGCAGGAGGCCACGCCCGUCAUCGCCAACGUUGUCUCGCUGGCAUGCGAACCGGCGAGUCCCGGCACCCCCGAGAGACCUUCCCAGCAAAGUGCAGACUCACUAACACAGGACUCUGAACUGGCCAGCGUGAAUGCCGACUGGGAGAAACCGCAGCAUAGCUCCGCCUCCAGGACGCAGAAGAAUAAAGCUCUGCUGUGCAAGCCGCUGGUGCAGAACAAGGGCAUCUCGUGCAAGGUGCAGACGGCCAGUGUGGAGGCACAGACGGAUCUCUCCCUGCCGAAGAUCGUGGUCCUGCCCGUUCCCGUGCCGGUCUACGUCCCUGUGCCUAUGAGCAUGUACAGCCAAUGCACCCCCAAGGCUGUGGGCGUACCACUGCCGCUGCCCGUGCCCGUGCUCCUCCCCGUCACCACCAGCAACGCCGACCGCAUCGUGGAGACAAUCAAGAAGAUCAAAGAGAAGUUCCCGGAGGACCCAUUCGAGGCGGAGCUCAUCCUCAUGGCUGAGAUGGUGGCCGAGCAGACCGGAAACGCCGGCGGUGGGGAGACUGAAGCGGACAAAAAGGCGGAGAAGGAAUCGGAAGGCGGUCCUGCCGGAGACGCCAUGAGCGCCUACAGUGACGACCUGGACACGGACGACUUGGCCAGUCUGCUCAACAACUGGGACGAGCCCUCAUCAGACGCCGGUCCCGCCGCCGGCCAAGCCGGUCCUGCCGUCAGGAAGCCUAUUUCCAAUGCUCCUCCACCGCCCCCACCUCCCAUGGACAUCGAAGCAGACUUCCCUGUCGAAACGCUGGAGAAGAUGGCCCAUCUGCGAGAGCUGUCACCGCAGCCCGCCAGCCCCUCACCUGCCGCCUUGCGACGACGACAAGCGUCCCGCAAAUCCAGAGACAAGAAGGGUCGUAAACGGCUAUCCAAGGCAGCAGCCACGCCCACCAAAAAAGACUCCGCCUACAAGGCCGCGGUUGGCAACGUCCCGAAACUGAAGAGCGAAUACGGCAUGGAUGCCUGGAAGCGCUGGGUCCGCUGGAGGGACGGUCAGCCCAACGUGGAGAUGCCACGUAUUGGAUCGCGCCCCCUGGUGCUGAAAGACGACAUCCUGCGCUGCACCACGGCCGAGCUGAGCUACGGCCUCUGCUGCUUCGUGGCCGAGGUCAAGCGGCCCAACGGCGAGCGCUACUCCCCCGACGGCCUCUUCUACCUCUGCCUGGGCAUCCAACAGCAUUUGUUUGAGAACGGGCGAGUGGAGAACAUUUUCAUGGACCCCUUCUACUGCAAGUUCUCCACCGAGUUCACCGGAACGCUCAGAGGCUUCCGGCCUUCCCUCACGGCCAGCGGAUACAUCCACUCCCGCGUGGAGGAGGAGUACCUGUGGGACUGCAAGCAGCUGGGCGUCUACUCACCCAUCGUCCUCCUCAACACGCUGCUCUUCUUCUUCUGCAAGAACUUUGGCUUCACCACGGUGGAGCAGCACCGCCAGCUGUCCUUCGCCCACGUCAUGCGCUGCACCAAGACCGACCACAGCAGCGGCAAGACCACCUUCUUGCGCUUCUACCCGCCUAUACCCCCCGCUGACGUCCAGCCAGAUUCAGAUUUCCUCCCGCCAGCAAAGAAGCGCAAAGAAGAGGAGGCCAAAGAGGAGAGGAUCCUGGAGAUGAUGGAGAACACGGACAAUCCUCUCCGCUGUCCGGUCCGCCUCUAUGAGUUCUACCUGUCCAAGUGCUCGGAGACGGUGAAGCAGCGUACCGACAUGUUCUACCUUCUCCCCGAGCGCUGCUGCGUGCCCAACAGCCCGCUGUGGUUCUCGUCCACGCCACUCGGCGAGGACACCAAGGAGGCCAUGCUCACUCGCAUCCUCACUGUGCGAGACCUGCACGUCGCGGCGAGGCAGCGGACUCUAGAGCCCAAAGACGACAAUGAUGCCGGCAAUGACAAAGACGAAUUUGGCGGAGACGAGGACGAGGAUAACGUAGGAGACUAUUGGGAAUAACGAGGCAGCUCGUGUUUUUUGAAGGUCGGACUAGCCACAUGUUCAUCCACAUCUUGAGACGCUUUUUCUGCUUCUUGUCUGGUGUUACUUUUUUUUUUCCCUCUUUCAAAGUUUGGACGCACUUCCUUGCACCCCAGACCUUGUCAAAGCUCGCUUCACUCCUUCCAACUUCAACUUCUGAAAUAAUAACUGGAAUAACUGGUGACUUUUUGGGGUGGGGAAUGUAUUGGAUCAUACUUAAAAAAAAAAAAAAAAAAUUAAGUUCAGCCAAUAGAUUGUGACAUUAAACCGUCCUCUUUUUUUUUUGUUGUUUUUUUUUUUUUUUGUUUUUUAGGGUCUGUUCCCCUCUUUAAUCCAAAUACUGUAGGUGACCUAUUUCAAUUAAUUCAGUGUAGUUUGUCUUGUAUUUAGAAAGAUCUGACAAAGCAAAUAAUAAUCCGCAGAAAUCAAGCUACAAUUUACUCAAGUUAUGUCUUUCAAAGCACCUUUUAAGACAUGCCAUGAUGGCCUUUACUGGAUAUUAGGUAUGUAAACGUGUAAAAGUCACAUGUUCCUUCACACAGCAUUUUGUAUUGAUCACUUUUUAAUAAAAUACAACCAACUAUCUGCA